AUGGGAUAUUCAAAAGAUUUAGGAUUUUCAGAAGAAGAAGAAGAAGACGAGGAAGAGGAGGAGGAGGAAUUGGAAGAGGAAGAGGAACGAUUAUUGUUCAUGGGCGCUGCAUCCAACAGAUUAGUGAUGAUGAAUCACAGUAACGGUAGCAACAACAAUAACCACUCCUCCUCGUCCCCAAGUGGUAGAGGUUCCUCAGCAGCAGCAAUGGAACAGCAGCAAAAUUACCAUUCACAUCAUCAGCAGCAGCAGCAGAUUCCAUAUGGUGGGAUGAUGCUUCAUCAUCAUCAGGAGUCAUCGCCUUCUACCUCCGCCGCCGCGGCUGCCAACUUCAUGAGCAAAGAAGGCGUGGCGGCGGGAGGAGGAGGAGCCUACGAUUUGGGGGAGUUGGAUCAAGCGCUGUUGUUGUAUUUAGACGGCGGCCACAAUCAUCACGACCCUUCUAAUUCCUCUCUUCACCACCAUCCUCAAGACCACAACCAACGACUUCAACAACAUCAACAUGGCAACCAUCAGAGCGCAGCAGCAGCAGCAGUGGCAGGGGGAGGUGGAAUGAGCAGCAAUACCAACAGGCCUCCAACUCUCAACAUCUUCCCUUCCCAGCCUAUGCACUCCCUCCUCCACCCUUCCUCUAAGACGAACACUGCUACCACUGCCCCUCUCCAUCAUCAUCAACAACAACAUCAGCCCGCCGCAGCCAGCAGCGGUUCCAAGAGACCAUCCGCCGACUCCAUGGAUCACUUGGCCGCCGCCACAAGAAACCCUCACGCCGCCGCUCCUCUAGCUUCCGCGCCACCAACUUCUGAACCUCCUAAAUCCAUCAAGAGGGAAGGGAACCGUAAAGGUCCAAUCACAGCAUCAAAUUCAGAGCAUGAAGGACCCAAAACCCCAGACCCUAAGACAUUGAGGCGACUUGCUCAGAAUAGAGAGGCAGCCAGGAAAAGCAGGCUCCGGAAAAAGGCUUAUGUUCAGCAGCUGGAGUCCAGCAGAAUCAAGCUUACCCAACUUGAACAAGAGCUACAGCGAGCUAGAUCUCAGGGCAUGUUUUUCAGUGGCGGUGGCCUUUUAGGUGGAGACCAAAACCUUCCUGUCAUCAGCAAUAUCAGUACCGACGCGGCGGUGUUUGACAUGGAGUACACGCGGUGGCUGGAAGAGCACCACCGGCUGACCUGCGAGCUGAGGGCCGCCGUGCAAGAGCACCUGGCGGAGAACGAGCUGCGGAUGUACGUGGACAACUGCUUGGCUCACUACGACGUCGUCAUGAACUUGAAAGGGAUGGUGGCCAAGACCGACGUCUUCCACCUCGUCUCCGGCAUGUGGAAGACCCCCGCCGAGCGCUGCUUCUUGUGGAUGGGCGGCUUCCGCCCCUCCGAGCUCAUUAAGAUAAUCGUGAGCCAGAUCGAACCGCUCACGGAGCAGCAAAUCCUGGGGAUAUGCGGGCUGCAGCAGUCGACUCAAGAGGCGGAGGAAGCACUGUCCCAGGGCCUGGAUUCUCUGAACCAGUCGCUGUCGGAGACGAUAACGUCCGACUCGUUGAGCUCACCGCCCAACAUGGCUAACUACAUGGGUCAGAUGGCCAUGGCCAUGAACAAGCUCUCCACCCUCGAAGGCUUCGUCCGACAGGCCGACAAUCUGAGGCACCAAACCCUUCACCGGCUGCAUCAAGUACUGACGACGAGGCAAGCCGCGAGGUGCUUUCUGGCCAUCGCCGAGUACUUCCACCGCCUUCGAGCUCUCAGCUCCCUCUGGUUGGCGCGUCCUAGGCAGGAAUGA